AUGACUUUUUCUUUCUUUUUUAAUUUUUGUCAUUCCUUUUUUCUGAAACAGGAAUUAGAUACAUGUCACCAGCAGAUUGAUAAUCAAAACCAGAAGGUCUCCCAAUUAGAGACUGAAUUGUCCGGUUGCCAAAACCAACUCAAGGAGUUGCAACAGAAAGUCGACGAAGGAGGAGAGCAGUUGAUUAAACUUGGUGCAGAAUAUCAGACAGUCAAAGAGGAGGGCGAUCGGCAGAAGGCUCAAAUAUUGGAAUACUCUAACAAAAUCGCUGAGCUCCACUCUUGUUUGGAUGGCAAGGGAGGAGAAACAUCUCAACUGCAAUUAUUACUGGACGAGAAGGAAGCAAAGUUGGCUGAAGCAGCUGAUCAACUCACAAAGGCAAGUCUAAUGAAUAUAGAUUUUUUUGUUCUUGGGUAUGCGCUUUUUUCUUUUUUUUUUCUUUUCUUUUUUUUUCCCUUUCUUUUUUUUUCCCUUCUUUUUUCUCUCUCUUUCUUUUUUCUCUCUCUUUCUUUUUUCUCUCUCUUUCUUUUUCUCUCUCUCUUUUUUUCUCUUUCUUUUUUCUCUCUCUUUCUUUUUUCUCUCUCUUUCUUUUUUCUCUCUCUUUCUUUUAACAUAACUCAUUUUGGAGAAAGUUUUCUCUGUAUUCAAGCUUUCUUUACAACUUGA